ACUCGGUACACACACGCGCUCGUCGCAGACUCUUGAUUACAGCGUUCUUAUCAUCGCAUUGAAUCACUACACCGAUUUAGUACACAACACCACUCGAACAAAAACUACUACUACUCACCCCAAUCACUGCACCACCAUGGGCGAACACGAACCUAUUGUGUCGCACGGCCGUGGAGGCCAAGGAAACAUUGGCGCCGACUCCACCGAAUACGUCGACGGCGGCAUAGUCCGCGAAGGAGUCUACGGUGACCAAGGCGACGGCGCCUACUCAGCCGGCAGAGGCGGCGCCGGCAACAUCGGCUCCCCGCACGUACGCCCAACAUCCAAGAUCCCGCACGACGCGGAGAUAGUUCCCGAAUUGGCGAUUCGGCAGUCUGUUGAUGGGGAUUAUCAUACUGGGCGCGGCGGCCAAGGCAACGUGCACCUCGACGAAGAACAUAAGAAGGAAAAGGAGGAGAAGAAGCAUAAGGGGCCUGCGCAUGAGGGGUUGGCGGACAAGUUGAAGCAUAAGUUGUUUGGGAGGAAGUAGAUCACCUUUU